AUGCUCGGCCAUGUCUACAGCAAAAACUGGUUCCAGAAACACACAAAGCCCCCCAGGGUUUCGCAGAAUGGGGCUGUUCGAGGGCUGUUUAAGGCACAGAAGCUGGAUGGGGGGCAGGCAGGUGAUAACAUCUCAGGGAAUUCCCGACACUUUUAUAUGGGUGAUGGAGAAAGCAUCUUCUCGGGUGUGAAACUGACUUCCUCUCACCAAGACAGGAAACGUCUGUCAGAGGUCUCCGGCUACCACUUGCAGAAGAGAGAAGCCCAGGAGAAAAGCCAAUUUGCCCAGUUUCAGGAGACGGCCCGAGGGUACUGGGACCAGCUCACCAACAAAACCCAGAGCUGGUAUGAUGCAUUCCACAAUCUGGAGUUUAACGUGAAAGCCCGGGAAACCGGCAAAAAAGUCACUGAGGCCAUGUCUACCUACGCACACAUCUUUUGGGACCAGACAUACUCGUGGUGGCAUGGCGAGUGACAUCUCUCUCUCUCUCUCUCUGGGUCUGUGAAGAUUAACGUGUGGAUUCCCUCCCUUCCCGACGUCUUUUGGGCACAUUGACGCUUGUCUGCUUAGCGGUUAAAUAAAGCUUGCCUUCUGCUACAUUGCGAAGAACCUUCCCUCA